AUGGACAUCAUACACAUGGCGAAGGGACAAGGAAAAGGAACGCUUGGAGCAGACAGACCAUUAAAGGAGAGAGAAAGAAAACAUGCAUAUGAACUGAAAAUGAAAAGAGAGGCAAAGUUAGCUUUUGAAACAAUUGCAGACAAAAGGUGGAAUUUCAUGGUGGUGGAUUUCGAAGCAUACGAACGGGAUCAUAGAAUCAUAACGGAAGCUGGGAUCACGACUAGAGUAAGCGAUCAAUGGCAAUCGUUCCACUAUCGUCUUACGAAUCAUUCACAUCUUCGAAAUGGAAAGUAUGUUCCUGAUGAAGUAGACAACUUUCGGUUUGGACAGUCCCUUUUUCUGACAAAGGCAGUACUCCGGGAAAAACUAAACGAAAUACUUCAGAUUCCGAGUAUAAUUCUAGUCGCCCAUGGAAUUCCUAAUGAACUAAGAUAUUUGCAACUUUUGGGCGUUACUAUCCCUUCUAAAGUCAUAACGUUGGAUACGCAGAACAUAUUUUCCUAUUUUGAAGCAUCCAAGCUCGGUUUGAACCUUUCCGAAAUGUAUGUAGGUCUUCGAAAUAUGUUAAAAAUGUUAAAUAUACCUCCAUUCUGUCUUCACAACGCAGGAAAUGAUUCCAAGUAUACGUCUGAUGCUUUGCAACUCAUGGUUGCUGCUUUCGACGCCUCCAUGUUUCGAGAUAUGCCCAUUGAAAUUUAA